AUGGCAGAGCAGAGCAGCCACGAUGUGGUAAACCAAACCCGGUCGGGCGGCGAGAUAUCGCCUUCCGACGUUCCUGCAAACAAACCCGACAAUAUCACUGCUGGAGGGGACGCAGGGGUGGUUGAACAACAUAUUUCCAACAACGACAUCAAUGACAACGACAACGACAGCAAAGCUCAACAACGACCGAACACAAAAACACGGGAGAACCCGCAUAAUAUUUCUGGAGAUGAUAGACUCUCUCCGCUUCAGCUUGGUGAUGCUAGUGGAGGAUCCGACACAGAUACCAGCAGGACAGAUCUUCGAUCAUCAGCGGAUGGGAGCCAACACAUGCGCACCAGCUCUGUUAAGAGAACAUCCGUAUUCAAACCAGUUUCCUACGCCAAGUUUUCGGUCUGGAACAAAAACAGACCUAAGCACUUGACAGAUGAAGAGCUGAAGCAACAAUACGGAAUACACAUGACGUCUAGGAUUCAAGAAGAUGGGAAUGGCAAGGAAGCUAAGUGGGCAGAUAUCGACGAUGACGAGGAUGAUUGGGCACCUGAAACAAUAGAAUGGAAUGACGGUACGAAGAUUACACUCACUCAUACAGAAAAUGUUCCGCUCCCUGGUGCGAAAGAAAAGGAUACGACAAAAGACGGAAAGCUGUCCCCUCCCUUACCUGAAAGCAAAUCCAAGCUCUUGCUUUCUAAAACCAGCUCUGUUGGCCCGAAUGCAACUGUUCUUAAACUGGGAGCAAGCUCCGAUAAACAAAACAGACCGGGGGAUCUUUUAGCAAAGAACCAGAAUGGGAAACCCACCCUGACUUCCAAAGCUCAGUCUGCUGCCCACAGAUCUCCAUGGGCUCCUUUGCCACCAAUCGACAAAGUUCCUCCCGUAACGGUUGGCCCACCUUUACAUGUGCCAUCGGCCCGCUUUUCUCAACGAGACGCUCAUGGCCAUGCCCCUGGUCCUGCAACAUCAGGCCCAGCGAAGGAAAUUGCCGCGGAUGAUUUUAAUCGAUCGUGGAGAGAUACCCAUUCUAGCGCUCCUCGUGAACUUUAUAAUUCGCAAUCUGGCCGGUACGAACCUGUUCUAGAUACUCGUCGAGGCCCAGCUCGAAAUGAAACAAAUUUCAGGCCUCCCUCACUCCUACAACGGCCCACUCAUGGAGAACAGCCUACCCCAGCAGAACCCUCACCAACAUUCCAAUCUCGCGCAUCAGCUGCUGAUGGUGUUUCCUGGGGAAGGAGGCGUACGUCAUCGAAUGUCAGCGGGGGAAGUGGCGCAUUUGGUAGGCGGAUGUCUCUCGGAAAAGGUCCCGUGAAUGGGGUAAAUGAACGGUCAUCCUCGCCUCUCCCUCACCAGAGGGGACAAUACCCCCCUCGUGGCAUUUCGCCGCCCCAAUCCUCGGCUCGCCAAAACCGCGCGGCACUUCCAACCACUCACUAUGCGCCUCCUGGAUUCCAUGGUGGAGCCACUCAACAAUCGGGUCCGCCAUUAACCAACGCAGCAGCACAGCAGCAGGUGCCUUUCGAGGAUCCUAUCUCGAUGCAACAGCGCAUUAUGCGCGAAAAGAGAGAACUUGCAAGACAGCGCCGGAAGGAAGAGGAAGAAAGGGAAGAGGCAGCGAAACAAGAAAGAAUUAGGUUGAAGCUUCAAGCUAUGGGAGUGUCCCCUGAAAAACCAGCAGAAAAGAUACCCGAAAAGCCUUCUGGCAGCACAUUGCAAAAGCCAGCGGGUGAAGCGCAGUCUGCGCCGCCUGAAUUAUCAAAGCCAGCGGCGGGAGGUGCACCCACUCUCUCACCUCCCAAACCUCCUGUUCCUGAGCCUUCAGGGGAACCAAAACAAUAUGGAAUGAUGAAAGUACACCAUCCAGCAUCUGCAAAGAAAUUAGUAGCAGCGAGCGAGAAAAGCCCGGACAGACCAUUUCCAAACAACCAGCCUCGCCAACCGGCAUCGCCGCCCCGAGAUUCUAAAUUCGAAUCUAACCGCCACCUUUCAACAAAUGUAAAUGGAGUACGUCCGUCUACGGAGUCUUCCCCGACGGAAUCAAGCCAUGAGUCCAUAAUGGAUGAAAAGCCUCCGCAGUGGAAAGGACCUCUUGCGGGAGCAACACCGUACACUUCAUGGUCCGGCCAAAAGCUUAGUCCUCAUCCCGCUCCGACCUCGUCUUUGUGGGGCCCUCUCAGCAAUGAUAAAGCACUCGGAAAUGGCACUUUUGAUAGGAAUUUGACCGGCUUUCCCCCCCGAGACUUACCACUAACGAUUGGAUUGCCAUCGACAAACGACAGGCUUGGUAGUACUGAGAGACCUCAGACCAUGGCAGAUAACGGCCGUCCGUCAUCGCCGCUCUCAUCCCCACAAGAACGACCUUCGCGUAAUGAAACUCUGAAGCCAAUUGCUAGACCAACACCUAUAGGGCCCCCAAAUUCCCACUCGCAAUCACAACGAUCGCAACAUGAUCAAGUCUCUCGUCGAUCCCAGGACACAUCAAGCUGGAAUGAUUUCCACUCUGUGGCAGCGAAAGGAGAAGCAGGAGAAAGUGAGAAGUUCCAUCGAGAACUAACAACCUUGCGUGAAGAGGAAGCUCGGAGCGGCCUCGGUCCAGUUUCCCUUCAGGUCUCGUUCAAUGAAACCUGGCGGCAAGUCGAGAAUGAUCAGGCCAGUCAGCACCAAAUCGUCAGUAUUGCCAGGUCAACUGAUAGGGGAGCGUCACUCCCAACCUUGCAUGGAUUCCCAGCAGCAGUUACUCCGUUACCAUUCUCCGACGUGUCUACAAAACCUCCCACAAAUCCUACAGGACGAGAAUCGAGAUUUUUCCCUCACGGUGGUGACCAACUUAGAAGGCCAGCAAAUAUCCCCAGCACACAUCUUAGAAGCCCUUCACCACCUCCACCAGACGAUAUUUCCAGCCACCCAGUUUUUACUGGAGAUUCCAACCGGCCGUUGGUCCACCUACCAACCCCGAAACCUCGUGUGAAACUCCCUCCACAACAAGUAUCACCACCGGCACUACCCAUGACCACGGCCACGUUGCCUUCUAUGGCUGCGGCUCCUGCAGUCCGUCCUGUUUCUCAACCUGUUACAAACACUACAUCAUGGCAAGACAGAUUUAAUGGAUUAUUUGGUAAGAAGCCUUCACCCGGUAAGACUUACGCUCUUGCUGUUGCAUCUGUUACCAAGGAGCCUCUUGAAGUUCAGCCAUCCGCAUCGCUCGCCUCCGUAUCCUUUCCCCAGCAUGACGAGAUUGAACUCCGCGAUGCUGGCAAAGCCACAUCUAAAGAUGUGGAAGAUGAGGAGGCUAUUUUUGAAGACCGUGAAGCAGGCUCGACGCCGGUGGUGAAGCUGCCAAUCAUGGCUCCUAAAGCAGCCUGGCUGCCCGCCCUCCCUCCGCCACACUCCCGUUUGCGUUCUAAAUAUUCAAAGCCUGUCCAGCCUUGGAGCAUUGAGCCGAAUAUUUCUGGGGUUUUCGAUGACAAUCAUACUUCUGUGAUCAUCCAUCUACCAGGUGGAGAUGUUGCCAAGACGCUAAUAUUCCCCAAGAAGGGAGGUGGCAAUCCUACUCGCCAAAGGGGUUCUUCAACGUUCAAACAGCGGAAAAAUGUGAAACCUAGAGAAGGAUCUGGCAACUGUAGCCACUCCCACGCACCAAGAAAGCAUCCACAAUCUGCCUCUACAAUACCGCGAGUGCACCAAAACAGCGGCAGCUGGAGCAGUCGUCCGUCUGCUAGCGCUGCCCAUUAA